GGCUGUGGGUUCUCACGGGUUGGGGUCCGCAGUGACAAUGAGCUAUGAGUACCAUCAAAAUUGGGGCCGCGAUGGCGGGCCCCGCAGCUCCAGUGGAGGCUAUGGAGGGGGCCACGGAGGGAGCCGAGGCUCCGGAGGCGGCGGCGGCGGAGGAGGGGGUGGUCGAGGAGGCCGGGGCAGGCAUCCCGGGCAUUUGAAGGGCCGCGAAAUCGGCUUGUGGUACGCGAAGAAACAGGGACAGAAGAACAAGGACGCGGAGAGGCAAGAGAGAGCUGUGGUACACAUGGAUGAACGCCGAGAAGAGCAAAUUGUGCAGCUGCUGAAUUCUGUUCAAGCUAAGAAUGAUAAAGAUUCAGAAGCACAGAUAUCCUGGUUUGCUCCUGAGGAUCAUGGAUAUGGUACCGAAGUUUCUGCUGAGAAAAAAACAAGCUCAGAGAAGAAACUUGACCAGGAAAAGAAACUGAUAAAUCAGGAAACAAGGACAUUUAGAAUCAGAAACAAAUCAUACUUCGACCGAGAUUCUGAAUAUCUCUUGCAAGAAAAUGAACCAGAUGUAACCUUAGACCAACAAUUACUAGAAGAUUUACAAAAGAAAAAGACUGACCUUCGGUAUAUUGAAAUGCAGCAUUUCAGGGAAAAGCUGCCUUCAUAUGGAAUGCAAAAGGAAUUGGUAAAGUUAAUCAGUAACCAUCAGGUAACAGUAAUAAGUGGUGAAACCGGUUGUGGAAAAACCACUCAAGUUACUCAGUUCAUUUUGGAUAACUACAUUGAAAGAGGAAAAGGAUCUGCCUGCAGGAUUGUUUGUACUCAGCCAAGAAGAAUUAGUGCCAUUUCAGUUGCAGAGAGAGUGGCUGCAGAAAGGGCGGAAUCUUGUGGCAAUGGUAAUAGUACAGGAUACCAAAUUCGUCUUCAGAGUCGGUUGCCAAGGAAACAGGGUUCUAUCUUAUACUGUACAACAGGAAUCAUCCUUCAGUGGCUCCAGUCAGACCCGCAUUUGUCCAGUGUUAGCCAUAUUGUGCUUGAUGAAAUUCAUGAAAGAAAUCUACAGUCAGAUGUUUUAAUGACUGUUAUUAAAGAUCUUCUCAAUUUUCGAUCUGAUCUGAAAGUAAUACUGAUGAGUGCAACAUUGAAUGCCGAGAAAUUUUCAGAAUAUUUUGGUAACUGUCCUAUGAUACAUAUACCUGGUUUUACUUUUCCGGUUGUAGAAUAUCUUUUGGAAGACAUAAUUGAAAAAAUAAGAUAUGUUCCAGAACAAAAAGAACAUAGAUCCCAGUUUAAGAGGGGUUUCAUGCAAGGGCAUGUAAAUAGACAAGAAAAAGAAGAAAAAGAAGCAGUCUAUAAAGAACGCUGGCCAGAUUAUAUAAGGGAAUUGCGAAGAAGGUAUUCUGCAAGUACUGUAGAUGUUAUAGAAAUGAUGGAUGACGAUAAAGUUGAUCUGAAUUUGAUUGCUGCUCUUAUCCGAUACAUUGUUUUGGAAGAAGAGGAUGGUGCAAUACUGGUCUUUCUACCAGGCUGGGACAAUAUCAGCACUUUACAUGAUCUCUUGAUGUCACAAAUGAUGUUUAAAUCAGAUAAGUUUCUUAUUAUACCUUUACAUUCACUGAUGCCUACAGUUAACCAGACACAGGUAUUUAAGAGAACCCCUCCUGGUGUUCGGAAAAUAGUAAUUGCUACCAACAUCGCAGAGACGAGCAUUACCAUAGAUGAUGUAGUUUUCGUGAUAGAUGGAGGAAAAAUAAAAGAGACACACUUUGAUACUCAGAACAACAUCAGUACAAUGUCUGCUGAGUGGGUUAGUAAAGCUAAUGCCAAACAGAGGAAAGGUCGAGCUGGAAGAGUUCAGCCUGGUCAUUGCUAUCAUCUGUAUAACGGUCUUAGAGCAAGUCUUCUAGAUGACUAUCAACUGCCAGAAAUUUUGAGAACUCCUUUGGAAUAUUUGUGUGUGUGUGUGUUAAUUUUAAAACUAGGUGGAAUUGCUUAUUUUCUGAGUAGGUUAAUGGAUCCACCAUCAAAUGAGGCAGUGUUGCUCUCCAUAAAACACCUGAUGGAAUUGAACGCUUUGGAUAAACAAGAAGAAUUGACACCUCUUGGAGUCCAUUUAGCACGGUUACCAGUUGAGCCACAUAUUGGGAAAAUGAUUCUUUUUGGAGCUCUGUUCUGUUGCUUAGACCCAGUUCUCACUAUUGCUGCUAGUCUCAGCUUCAAAGAUCCCUUUGUCAUUCCAUUGGGAAAAGAAAAGAUCGCAGAUGCAAGAAGAAAGGAAUUAGCAAAGGAUACUAAAAGUGACCACUUGACAGUUGUCAAUGCAUUUGAGGGCUGGGAAGAAGCUAGGCGACGUGGUUUCCGAUAUGAAAAGGACUAUUGCUGGGAAUAUUUUCUUUCUUCAAACACACUACAGAUGCUGCAUAACAUGAAAGGACAGUUUGCUGAGCAUCUUCUUGGAGCCGGAUUUGUAAGCAAUAGAAAUCCUAAAGAUCCAGAAGCUAAUAUAAAUUCAGAUAAUGAGAAGAUAAUUAAAGCUGUUGUUUGUGCUGGCUUAUAUCCCAAAGUUGCUAAAAUCCGACUAAAUUUGGGUAAAAAAAGAAAAAUGGUGAAAGUUUACACAAAAACUGAUGGUGUGGUUGCUCUUCAUCCUAAAUCUGUUAAUGUGGAGCAAACGGACUUUCACUACAACUGGCUUAUCUAUCACCUGAAGAUGAGAACAAGUAGUAUAUACUUAUAUGACUGCACAGAGGUUUCCCCGUACUGUCUCUUGUUCUUUGGAGGUGAUAUUUCUAUCCAGAAGGAUAAUGAUCAGGAAACUAUUGCUGUAGAUGAAUGGAUUGUCUUUCAGUCUCCAGCAAGAAUUGCUCAUCUUGUUAAGGAAUUAAGAAAAGAACUAGAUAUCCUUCUGCAAGAGAAGAUUGAAAGUCCCCAUCCUGUAGACUGGAAGGACACUAAAUCCAGAGACUGUGCAGUGCUGUCAGCUAUUAUUGACUUGAUCAAAACACAGGAAAAAGCAACUUCCAGGAACUUACCACCACGAUUCCAGGAUGGGUAUUAUAGCUGACAACUUUUCUGUGAUGGCCUGAAAAGCAAAUUUUAUAUCCAUUUUUCCAUCACAGUUUAAUUUUUGGCUAGAUGCCAAACCCUGGGACAUGAUUUUUGUGUGUAAGAUAGAAAUUUUCAUGUGUAAGAUAGAAAACUUCAGUAGGAGGUAAAGACUUAAUGUGCAUGACUUAACAAUAUUAUCUAUAGCUAUUAUAAAUACACCAUAAAAAGCAAUAUGUUCUCUGGUCAUAUACUCUUGUGCUCAUGUCCACACUUUGGGAGUAUCCCUCUUAUGUAUAUUGAGUGUUGCACCAAUUGAGAAAUUUCUUUGUUCUGUUAUGUAAAAUUAGUUUUUCUGCCCAUAAUGACUGAGUACAGAAUCAGUAAAAAUAGAAUGGUUAGCCAAAAGGCAGUGUCAAGUCAGAAUUUGAACACAACCACAUUUUUAAAAAUGAAACUUCUAUCAGAAGUAAAUUAAUUGGUUGUAAUGAAUUUCAGUAUUUAAUAAAUUGUACAAUGUGUAAAUCUCA